CACACUUCAAAUAUUGACUGAAAACUUUCAGAAGGUGAAAUAAUUGUUGAUCUUCAUAUAUGAUUUAACAAGCUGUUUAAUUUGUAAAUAGCCGAGCACAUGUCUAUAUAUGAGAACAUCCAAAUGUUUUUCUAAAAUGUUCUUCAUAGUGGGUUGGAAACUGUAAUAUAAAGGAAAACUGGCUGCAAAGUUUAACUGAAGGAUUCUGAUGUGAAUAUUUGAAUAAGAUCAGCACAGAGCGAUUAGAAAAGUUUUUGCUUUAUUGUGCUUUUUACUUUACUAAUCCUGAUUAUUUUCAGAUUAUGAACUUGUGUCCAAAAUGUGUUUAUUUUGGGCACAAACUGUAACUGAAGUUAAAAAUUUGUUCCAUAUAAAAUAGCCACAGCUCCAAAACCUCUUAUUUGCAGUGACUAUUAAAUACAUCAAUGAUGGAGUGUAUUAUGGGACAAGAACUCUUGUCUUACAGUGUAAAUUAUUCGAUUUUUUGAUAAAGACCAAUUUGAAAGUUGAAUUUUUCACUUAAGUUUUAAUUUUUCUUGAAAAUUAAUGUUUGAGUUUUUUAAACUCUGUUUUAUAUCUACAAAGGCAGAAAUCCAGAUGAAAUAUUCCGUAUUUUGAGCAAUGAUCUGCUUUAUUUUUUAUGCUGAGUUAUGUUAGGACUCACAAGGGACACAAACCUUUUCUGAAGUUAAGUUCUUAAUUUUUAUAAACAAUAAUCCACCAAAGUCACAAACCUGCAUGUUGCUCUUCAAGAAAGCAUCUGUGUUUUCUACUACAGUUUAAUGGGUUUAUUUACUGAUAAUAUUCACACAAAGCUCAUGGUCAGAAGAGCUCAUAAAUUGUGAAGACAUUUAACAUUAACAGCGCUGCCAUCCAACUAUAAAUGAAGAUUAUUGACAUUUAUUGAGUCAUUUAUUUCUCGAUAUGAGACAAGCUGAGCUGCUAACUGACUUAUUAAUGGGGAAAGAAGCGUGUGUUCAAAUGUAAAAAAAAAAAAAAAAUCCUGCCAGUAACUGAGUACUGAUAAAUAUGUAUUUCCAUCCAGUAUGUAGUGAAGAAAUCAUUUUAAAGAUAAGUUAGCUGUGUUGAAAGCUACUUUAUCGAUUUAUUAAUGUAAUAUACUUCAAUUAAAUAGAGUAAAAACAAAUAGAGACAAACUGGGUGCCAUGCAACAUUUAGGAUAUACUUUAGUAAUACAAGCUGUUAUGCAGCAUUUGAGGUCCGUUGGAUUUAUCAAACUUUAUCAAGCUAUCUGAUUUUAUUUUCUAUAAAUAACACAUGGGAAUGUUUUUUAAGUAACAUAAAAUUACAAUCUGCUUAAUAGAAAGGGGAAAAACAUUCUAGAAGACUAAAAACAACAAUAAAAAUGAAAGAUAAGUCAAUUUGCUUCUUUCCUGCGGUGUUUCGCACUUCUUGUUGUAUAAAGUCCCAUAUUUCCGACCGCUCAUGAAUGCAACACUCCAUUACGUUUCCUGUAGCAGAGAAAAAGAAACUGAAAGAAUAAAUGAUUUCAGAGCUCAGAUCGUCGAGAGAGGGUUGCUGUCGUUAUGUCUUCCGACGAGGAUUUCUCUCUGAUUGUUGACCCUCAGAUGUCUGAAAACACACUGGAGGGAGUCAAGGCUGCAAUCAGCAGCUACAAGAAGAAGCAUGAGCUGCUGCUGGAGGAGCAAAAGGAACUGGCUGCUGCCAGAGACGACCGGCGGGAUAUCACCAAGCAGUGCAAGCAACGCACCGACAAACUGAUCCAGUCCACAAAGGACGACCAGCAAUCACACCAAGACCAGCUCGCUAAUGAACAGAUGAAGCUGGAUCAGCUGAAGCUGGAGAACGAUGAGCUAAUGAAGGAACUGCAGAAAGCCGAGGCUGCUCUGAAGGAUCAGAAGGCUGAAAACAAAAAUCUGAAGCAGCAGACAGACGUGUUCAGUGCUGUGCCGGAGAAAAAGGUCGUCUUCACCGGUUUGACGGGAAAAGCAGACGACACAGAGAAGUUUGAGAUGAACCCUCACAUCGUUUAUCCGAUGGAGGGCGGCACGGCGCUGGUGACGUUCGAGGAGGAAAGCGUUGCAAAGAAGAUUCUGGCCACAAAGGAGCAUAAAGUGGAUCUGGGAGGAGAGUGUAGCAUCACUGUUGAUGCCAAGCCAGUUCACCUGAAGCUGCCAAAGCUGGUGGAGAUCGAGACUGACGUUUGUCCUCGUCGCAUUUUGAUCUCCAACCUGCCCAAGAUGGACACCGACACGCUGCUGAACAAGCUGGAGAUCCACUUCUCUAAGAGUAAACACGGAGGCGGGGAGGUGGACGAAUGUGAAAUGAUGCCUGACUCUGGGAACGUGGUGCUCACAUUUAUGGACCAAAACCUCGCCAAAGGUUUGACAGAAACAGAAUAUCAUGAAGUGAAGCUGCAACAGACGAAGCACAAAGUGAGAGUGACUCCUUUUCUGAAUGGAACGAUCACAAACUUAGAGACCAAGAUGACGGCGUGUCUUCGCACUGUGCUGCUGACAGGAAUACCAGCCGUCAUGGAGCAGGAAACUUUGCAGGAUCUGCUGGAAAUCCACUUCCAGAAAAAUGGCAACGGCGGUGGAGAGAUCGAAGCUUUCCUCUACAAUCCUGUGGGUCAGCAGGCCUCAGCCCUGUUUGGAGGCGUCUCCUCAGAAGCAGAGGAGAAGUAGCUGUAGAUUUACAGACAAAACGACUUCUCAGAUUCAGGGUGAUGACAUCUGCCAAAAAUGAAGAUAUAAUCCAAGCUGCUGAAAAAUCUCUUUAAGUGUGCUAUUCUGUUUUCAGAGCUGUUGUAAUCCAGCACAAAGUUGUUUAACUUCCUAUUUUGGGGUAUCAAGUACACUGGUUGUUUUUUUGGUUUUUUUUGGGAACCAAGUCUAAGAAUAAUCUAUUAUCCAUUAUCCAUUAUCUAUACACCGCUUAAUCCUCAUUAGGAUCUCAGGACGCUGGAGUCUAUCCCAGCUGAUUUAGGGCAAAGGCAGGACACAGCCUGGACAGGUCAUUAGUUUAUCACAGGGCUGAAUAAUCUAUUAGGAAUAUUUAAAUUUGGUGUAUUCGGAGAUGAAGAAGGCUUUACGCUGAUUUAUACUGUUUUCUGUCAAAAUACACUAUAAAUACAAAAAUGCAAUAUCACCAUUAAUCCACUUUUUGUCUUACAAACUGUUUGCAGUAUUGUUACAUACAAAUGUGAACUACUUCCUGUAGUACAUUAAAUUGGUAUGUGGAAUGAUAAAAAUAAAGAGUUUUUGUUUUCUUAA